GUUUACCUAUUAAAAUGACCUCAUUCACUAAUAAAAAUGUUUUGAAUUUAUUGAGAAACCUACCGAGACUCUCAAUUUCUAACCUUCGAAAUAAUGAUGGAGCAGUAAAAAAAGAUAUUCUAACAAAACUCAAAUAGUUUAAUCUUAAUGUUGACCAAAUUGUUGUGUGUUUUAUAAUCAUAUGCAAACAAUGUUAAAUGAUUCCAUUAGACGUCAUCCGCAGUGAAUGUGUUAACUGUUUGAAUAUUAAUAGUUAUGAAUAAACGAGGCAGGGCCCAGCACGGAGGUGACAAGCAUGGUCAUGGUAAUAAAGGAUCAAAAGCUAGGCAAAACUUUAUGAGACCUGGAUAUGAGACAGGAAAUACUCCAUUUUAUAUGAAAUUUCCUAGAGAACAAUAUUACAAGGAUCAUCAUGUUAAAAGACAAUAUCCACCACUAUCAUUGACCACUUUACAAAAAAUGAUUGAUUUGAAUCGUAUAGACAUUUCAAAGCCCAUUGAUUUAUCAGUACUGUGCAAUACAGGUUUAUAUAACAUAAAUCCAGAAGAAAAACACUUCGGAGUAAAUCUGAUUGAUGAAGGAGCAGAUCAUUUCAAAGCAAAAAUUAAUGUAGAAGUUCAGUGGGCUAGUGAACCUACAAUUGCAGCCAUAGAAAGAAAUGGAGGAGUUAUAACGACAUCAUUUUUUGAUGUUAAUAGUUUAUUUAUUUUGAUUAAUCCUAAAAAGUUCUUCCAAAGAGGAGAAGCAAUACCGAGACGUAUGAUUCCCCCCGAUGAUGCAAUUUUAUAUUAUUCAAGUGCAGCAAAUCGCGGUUAUUUGGCAGACCCUGAAAAAAUAUCCUGGGAACGUUUUGUUUUAGCUCAGAAAUAUGGAUAUAAACUUCCUAAAAUUGAAGAUGAUCCAGAUUAUGACAUGCUUGUCAGUAGAAAAGAUCAAAGGCAAAUAUUUUAUGGCCUAGAACCUGGUUGGGUUGUUAAUCUAAAGGAUAAAGUUAUACUGAAACCCACUGAUCCAGAACUCAAAGAGUUCUAUAGAAGUUAAAUACAUUUUUUGAUGUUAGUAUUAUAAUUUAUAAUGAUACGUGUCGUGUAAUUUAAUAUUAUUAUAUACAAUACUAAAGAGCAUGAUUAUUACAAAUAUAUC